AUGAGUGCAAAUCAUACUGAUGGAGAAAAACGAGUGGUAUCCUUCUUCAUUUGGGAUCCUGAAUUAGAACGUAAAAUCGAUUGUGAAGUCAAAAUGAUUGAUGGAAUCAGUAAGCUACUCAAUGUAGCAACAACAGUCGAACAAACAAUAGAAUGUAACAAAGCUCUUGUUCUUUCGCAACAACGAAUGUUAGCUUUUAUGAGUGAAAUAAGACGAAAACAACAGAAUUUGCUUAAACGUGAUGAUACCAAUCUUGAACCAACAAAAGCAACAGUUAUUUUAUCCGAUAUUCGUUUACCAUUAGUAUGGGCUAGGAUGAAAAAAGCAAAAACAGACCAAAAAAAAUUUGCUGUUUUUUGUUUGGCACGUAUUGGUUGUGAAAUAAUUGAUACACAAAUGAAAUUUAUCGAUAAACAAUCAACUGAUAUACUUUUUACAGACAACUUAACAUUUGAAAAUGUUCCACAUAAUUUUGAAUUACAUCUUGAAAUUUAUGCAUUAAAUAAAAGUCUUGCUCUAUCAACAGCAGCAAAAGAUUUUGCUGAAAGAUAUAGUUAUUAUUCAAUUCAUGGAUCACCACGAUCAAGAAGAAGAAUUCCACAAAAUGAAACAACUCAACAAAAAACAUCUAAUCAACCACAAUCAAAAUUUGUUUUAGUUGCUCGAGCCUUGUAUACCAAAGAAUCUGUUCAUAAAAUGGCAAAAGUUCGUAGUUUAACAAUGGAACGUCCACAAGAAAAUCCUUUAAUGCAAUUACCUAUUGAAAAUGCAUUUAUUUCACGUUUUCUUAUUCAACCAUUGUGUUAUACACGAUCAGCAACAUUUGCUGGUAUUGUUGAAAUUAAUCGUGUCCCAUAUUCAUGUAUAUUAAAUGGAGGAUUUCUACAUGGUGAAGAAAUAAUGCGUAAUGAUUAUUCACACCAACGUACUUUUUCAAUUCCGAUUACAACGGAUACUAUAAUUUUAUCACAUAAUGAUCAUUUAUCAUUUUCAAUUUAUAAUCGAAAUUUUAAUCAAGACGAAUUUUUUGUUCAAGAUUUAUUUACAUUAAAUAUUUGGAUACGAGCAUUACAACAACAUAUUGUGGAUAUUCGUACUUGGGAACAAACUGUCGAACAUUUACCAUCCAUACGACGAUAUUCUCAUCAGCCAAUAACAGCAUCAACUAGUACGAUAAAUUUAGCACAAAAGCCAAUAUUAAAAACAAAAGCUCGAUCACUUGAUAACAUUUAUCAAACGAUUAGUACUUCUGAAUUUAUUGUUCCUAAUCGAUUUAAUCCAUCAAAAAAUAUUACUUAUAUUAGUGAUCAUCAUACAACUGACGACGAUGAUGAUGAUGAAGAACAAAUCAUACAUACACGAUUGUAA